GCCGAACGUCCAAGGAGUUGGCGUCAGCUGGACGAGUUCUGCAGAGCUGGACCUGGGAACUCGAUCGGACACCCGCAGCAUCAACGGCUGUCCUGUGACCACAACAGUGUCUUCUUUACGGGUCCCUCAGAACUGUUUUUCAAAGAUUCGUCUGCUGGCGUACGAUCCAGACAGAGACGAAGUGAGAUGCCGCUACGCUUCGAAUGCCACACAAGUUCCGGGCAUUACACUGGACGAGACUGCGUGCACACUGAGAAAGACAGGAAACAUCCCGACUGGAGUCCACUUGUUUGUCCUGACGAUGGAGGACGUCACCACCAAAAACAUCACCAUGACGUAUGCAGAUAAAACGACGGCGUAUCGUGAAGCGUCCAACACGAAAUUACCGCCUCUAUGCAAAGUGAAGGUGCAGUUCUCAGUGGAGGUCACUGAUUCGAUUCCAAACUGUGAGUUGGGUCACGUUCAGCCGACAUUUCUGUCCAGAACUCCUUCACAUGGUGACGUUCUUCACGCCACUGUGGGUCAGACGUUCCAGCUUUACGCCCAAGCACAGGCCGCCCAUUCCACCAUCCAGGACUUCCAAGUCAGUGGCCCCCACAACAUGACCAAAGCCUUCAAAGAUGAUCAGUUUGGAAAGGUUGAAGUGACCCUGAGCUGGACGCCACAGCAAAGCGACCUCUACAGAUUCGUUCCAGUUUGCUUCACAGCAGAAACAAAUCAAACCCAAUCGGAGAUGAGGUGUGUUGUUGUCAUGGUAACCCAAUCAUCUAUCACUCAAGGUAUAGCCAGGGUUCAGUGUGAACCCAACAAGAUGACGGUGGCCCUGGAGAAAGCCUCCAUGCCCGACAUCGACGAGAACUUCCUGCAGCUCAGAGACCCGUCCUGCUCUCUCACCUCCAACAGCACUCACAUCACGGGCGUCAUGUCGUUCACCACCUGCGGCACAAAGCUCGAGGAUAAAGGUGAUUUUAUCGUCUUCGAGAAUGAGAUCAACUCCUUCGAGCUGCCCAGUGAGGUUAUCAUCCGCAGAAAGACGGUGAAGAUCGACUUCUCCUGCCAGUUUCCCAAAGCCAUCGACAUCUCCAGCUACUACAACGUCCACAAGUCGGACUACAUCUUCACCGAGUCCAGCUUUGGCAGUUUCGGAUACACUUUCGAGAUUUUCCGCGACGGCAACUUUAAUAAGACGGUGGAGGCCAGCGCCUACCCAGUGGAGGUCAAGCUGCUGCAGACCAUCUAUAUGGGCAUCCAGGCGACUUCAGAGCUGCCCAACGUGACUCUGUUUGUGGAGUCAUGCAAAGCGACGCCCGAUGAGAACCCUGACAACGCCCUCUCCUACGACCUCAUUAAGAACGGGUGUAUAAGAGAUGAGACUUUGAAAGUUGCCAAAUCACCUCAGACUGAGUUCAAGUUUCAGGUUCAAGCCUUCAAAUUUACUGGAAACUAUGACCAGGUGUACAUCACCUGCUCAGUCAUCCUCUGUGAACCUGGCAGUCCGUUCUCCAGAUGUGCUCAGGGAUGUCUGAAGGAUCCGUCCCGAAGGCGCCGCCGCCGAGGGCUGAGCAAGGAGACGGUGGGUCACUACAUUACCCAGGGUCCUCUGCAGUUCGUCGGGCAGUCGGUUCCCAAAGCCGCAGAGGACGAGAUGAACGUGAAGGACGUGAUGCAAAAUGACGUUCCUGCUACAGUGAUCUCUCAGCCCGCUGCUCCAGACACCAAAUCGAGCAAAGAAAGCUGGGAAUUUAAGCAGAUGCUCUCAUCCAACGUCACCACCGUGGUGCUGGGCUUGGCCUUCUUGGUGUCUGUGCUGGUGCUGGCUGUGGUGAUCCAUCGCUACAGCAGGAAGACCAGAGUGGAGGACGCCAAAGCUCUCAUAGCUCCAGACUACCAGAACUAAACCCAGAGAGUCGGCUCAGAUUUACCUUUAAUUUUCAUUUUAUUCUCUGAAAAGUCAAUCUUAAAGCCAUACUCGUAUGUCCAGAUGUGCAAGAAAUCAUCCUUUUUUGUAUUCAUACAAAAACCAUGAACAUUUUCUUAAUAAAGUUGCAAAUUAGUUAUCCGACAGAAAAUAAUAAUUAAAAGACAAAUUUUAUAAAAAAUGAAGUGAAGCAAGUUUAUAAAAAUGCCCAAUAUAAACAAGAGCAGCAUUUACAUAAAGGAUAAUUACAAAUAUGUUUAUCUUAUUACAAAUUAUUCAUAAGCUGCUUUUAGAGGUUUCAAAGAAACAAUAAAAGCUGCUCUGAAAAGUGGAGUUCGGGGUUGAAUGUGGAGAGUUUGAAUCAGAGAUGCAAUGAUUAAUUGAUUAGUUGUUAACUGUUAAAUUAACUAUUUUAAAUAUCUUGACUAUUUGAUUGCAGCGACUUAAAUAUGUGUAUAUUUGUAACAGAAAAUUGAACACAUUUGAGUUGUGGAAAAAAUAAUGCAGUUAAAGAUGUCUUCUUGGAUAUUAGGAAACACUAGUUUACAUUUUUAAAAUAUUUUUUGGGAAAUUUAUAGGCCAAGAAACUAAUCAUUUAAUCACGAUAAUAUCUGACAAAUAUGAAAAUAAUCAUUGUAUGCAUACUGAGUUAAAAUGGAUGUUUAAAGUCAUAAUUUCUGAGAAAAAUGUAGAUAUUCUCUUUAAUUAAAGGGGUAAAUGCACUAGAAAAAACAUGGAUUUUUUUUAGACUAAAGUCUGAAAUUUAAUGCAAAAAAAAUCCCAAAUAUAAGAAAAAUAAUCUCAGAUCAAAGUCAGGAAUUUGCAAGAAAGAAUUAUCAUUUGUAAGAUUUAGGUUGUAUUUUAUAACAAAAAAUGGGAUUUUCUCUGAGAUUAAAAUAGGGAAUUUGUGAUAAACAAAAUUCUGAUAUUUUAUGAGAUUAAAGUAAUAAAUUUCUGAUAAAAACAGAUAUUUUAGAGUUGAAAGUCAGAAAUCUAAGAGUAAAAAACUUUUUGAAAAAUUUGUAAAAUUCUCUCCUUUAAGGAAAUAGUGAAUUUUCUCUGUGAUUAAAAUGGUAAAUUCACAAAAAUAAAAAAUCUAUUUUCUCUGCAAUCAGUCAUAAAAUUUUAUUAUCUGGAUUGGUUGCUAUCAAAACCUUUAAAAUACUCUUUGAAGUCAGACUUAAGGUGAAGUAUGUUGUUACUGUAUUAAACAAAGCAAAUGAAGAUCACUUUGGUUGCAGCUUACUGUUGCUUUCAUGCUUGUAAACAACUAAUUACCUGCACAGCUGCGGCUCAGAGCUCACCCGGUCAUUUUCACUCAGAUGCACAAAAUUCCAUCCAGACAGGUUCUGCUGGAUUUUUUUUUUUAAGCUGCUGUUCUUAUUGUGUCGACUUUCUCAAGACAGCUUCCCAGCAGUUCUCUGCAGGUGUUCAUUGUUUGUUUGGAUCAGUACAGCAACACUGUACUGAACAAUGAGUGGAAAACUUGAACUCCGCUGUUUUUGGCUCAUUCGGGAAGGAAAAACCAGCUGUUUAAACCAUAUAAAAAUGACUUGUAUUCAUUUAUGUAAAGAGUUAAAAGUAGUAACUGGGAUUAUUUACAAUUAAAGGGGAAUCCUUGAAGUCUUUAUCACAUAAUAAACACAGUGCUGUGUG